GCAGAGGCCCUAGUGAAAGGAAGUGGUCCCACCGUGAACGAACAGUCACCAUAUCGCUAAGGCAAGGGUGACAAGCAGUGAGGAUAUCCAACUAAUGCUUUCAAUUGUAUUUUUUGGACAAAAAACCCAAUAGAAAAACACACAGCAGGAUCCAGUCACAGUUCCUGCCACUUUCUAUUUGUACAGAGGUCUUUACCCGUUUAGAUGUGGGGAAGCACCAGGUGUUAAAUGACAGUAUUUUAUCAUGAAGCCCAGAUUAAGCUUGUGUUUAUCCAGAAAGCCUCAAUCACUACCUUGAACUUGUGGUAGGAAGUGGAGAAUGAAAUGAGAUAAAUUGAGCUACUGGAGGAGCCCAGCCCCUUACCUCCAACUCUUUGAAGAAUGGCAGGCUUACAGCUCGUUACCCCUGCUACUUCACCCAUGGGGCCUUUCUUUGGUCUGCCAUGGCAGCAGGAGGCCAUACAUGAUAACAUCUACACACCUAGGAAAUAUCAGGUAGAACUUCUGGAAGCAGCUCUUGAACAUAAUACUAUUGUCUGCUUGAAUUCUGGCUCAGGGAAGACCUUUAUUGCAGUACUUCUAACAAAAGAGCUCUCCCACCAAAUCCGUGGAAGUUAUCUAGGAAAUGCUAAGAGGACUGUUUUUCUGGUGAACACAGCUUCAACUGCAGUUCAGCAAGCGUCUGCUAUUAGGACUCACUCUGACCUCCAGGUGGGAGAGUACUCUGAUUUAGGGGAAACAUCAGCAUGGACUGACCAACAAUGGAUUCAAGAAAUUACUGAGAAUCAGGUGCUGGUUAUGACUUGCCACAUAUUUCUGCAUGUUCUGAGGAAUAAAAUCCUAUUAUUGUCUAAAAUCAACUUGGUGGUUUUUGAUGACUGUCACCUGGCCAUCACAAACCAUCCCUACUGUGAGAUCAUGAAGCUGUUUGAAGGCUGCUUGUGCACUCCUCGUGUCCUGGGGCUCACCGCUUCUAUUUUAAAUGGAAAAUGUGACCCCUCAGAGUUGGAGCGGAAGAUUUUGAAUCUGGAGAGGAUCCUGAAGAGCAAUGCUGAAACUGCCACAGACCUUGUGGUCCUGGACAGAUAUGCCUCUCAGCCAAGAGAGGUAGUGCUGGACUGUGGACCCUACGUGGAUAAGAGUGGUCUUUCCUCCCAACUGCAGCUGGAGCUGGAUGAAGCUCUCCACUUUCUAAAUGACUGCAACAUACCCGUCACCAGAGAGGACCGAGAUCCUGCAUUCAUCUCCAAACAGAUCCUGAGUGACUGCCGGGCUGUGCUUCUGGUGCUGGGGCCCUGGUGUGCAGACAAGGCAGCGGGUAUCAUGGUGCGGGAGCUUCAGAAGUAUAUUAAACAUGAGCAGGAAGAGCUCAACCGUAAAUUCCUGCUCUUCACCGACACCACUCUGCGCAAAGUGCACGCCCUCUGUGAGGAGCACUUCUCCCCUGCCGCACUGGACCUCAAGUUUGUCACCCCGAAGGUUCUCCGGCUGAUCGAGAUCCUGCACGAAUACAAGCCAUUUGAGCGGCAGCAGUUUGAAAGCGUAGAGUGGUACAACAACCGUAACCAGGACAACUAUGUGUCCUGGAGUGACUCGGAGGAUGAAGAUGAAGAUGAGGAGGUGGAGUCCAAAGAGAGGCCUGAAGCCAACUUUCCCUCACCUUUCACCAACAUCCUGUGUGGCAUCAUCUUUGUGGAGAGGCGUUACACAGCUGUUGUCCUCAAUCGUCUUAUUAAAGAGGCAGGAAAGCAGGACCCAGAACUGGCUUACAUCAGCAGCAAUUUCAUCACCGGCCACAGCAUCAGCAAAAACCAGCCACGGAACAAACAGAUGGAAGUGGAAUUUAGGAAACAAGAAGAGGUUCUUCGCAAAUUUCGGGCUCAUGAAACCAACCUCCUUAUUGCCACAAGCAUUGUGGAGGAAGGUGUGGAUAUUCCAAAGUGUAACUUGGUAGUGCGUUUUGACCUGCCCACAGAGUACAGGUCCUAUGUCCAAUCCAAAGGCAGAGCUCGGGCACCGGUCUCCAACUACAUCAUGCUGGCUGACACCGAGAGGACCCAAGCCUUUAAGGAAGAUCUCACCACAUACAAGGCCAUAGAGAAGAUCCUGAGGAACAAAUGUUCCAAGUCAGUGGAGGUGAGUGAGUUUGAAGUGGAGCAGGUGCUGGAUGAUGACAACAUUCUUCCACCCUAUGUACUUCGAUCUGAGGAUGGCGGUCCUCGAGUCACCAUUAACACAGCCAUUGGACACAUUAACAGGUAUUGUGCUCGGCUGCCCAGUGACCCAUUUACCCACUUGGCACCCAAAUGUAAAACUAAGGAGAUUAAGUCUGGAUGCUUCCAGUCUACACUCUACUUGCCCAUCAACUCCCCUCUGCGAGUUCCUGUUAAGGGUCCGACAAUGACCUGCGCCAGACUGGCAGAGAAAGCUGUUGCACUACUUUGCUGCGAGAAACUCCACAAAUCAGGUGAGCUGGAUGAUCACCUGAUGCCAGUGGGGAAAGAGACCGUCAAGUAUGAGGAGGAACUGGACCUUCAUGAUGAGGAGGAGACCAGCGUUCCAGGACGCCCUGGUUCUACCAAGAGGAGGCAGUGUUAUCCAAAAGCUAUACCUGAGUGUCUGAGGGACAGUUAUGCCAUAUUAGGGCAUACAUACUAUCUGUAUGUAAUUGGCAUGGUCCUCACCACACCACUCCCAGAUGAACUGAAUUUCCGCAGGAGGAAGCUCUACCCACCGGAGGACACCACCAGGUGCUUCGGUAUCCUGACUGCCAAACCCAUACCUCGAAUCCCCUAUUUCCCCGUGUACACUCGCUCAGGUGAGGUGACGAUCUCCAUUGAGCUUCAAAAGUCUGGGUUCACCCUCACCACCACCCAGCUGGACCUCAUCACCCGCCUGCACCAGUACAUCUUUUCCCACAUCCUCCGCCUGGAGAAACCUGCACUGGAGUUCAAGCCCACGCUGGCUGACUCGGCUUACUGUGUUCUACCUCUGAAUGUUGUUGGGGACUCCGACACUCUUGAUAUGGAUUUUAAGUUCAUGGAGGAUAUAGAGAAGUCUGAGGCCCGCACUGGCAUUCCUACCACUCAGUACACCAAGCAGAACCCCUUCACCUUCAAAUUGGAGGACUAUCAGGAUGCCGUCAUCAUUCCAAGGUACCGUAACUUCGACCAGCCUCAUCGCUUCUAUGUGGCCGAUGUGUACACAGACCUUACGCCUCUCAGCAAGUUUCCUUCACCCGAAUAUGAGACCUUUGCUGAAUAUUACAAAACCAAGUACAACCUGGACCUGUCCAACCUGAACCAGCCACUACUGGAUGUAGAUCACACCUCCUCCAGACUGAACCUGUUGACCCCUCGCCACCUGAACCAGAAGGGCAAAGCCCUACCGCUGAGCAGUGCAGAGAAGAGGAAGGCCAAGUGGGAGAGUCUGCAGAACAAACAGAUCCUGGUUCCAGAGCUGUGUGCCAUCCACCCCAUCCCUGCCUCCCUGUGGAGGAAGGCAGUGUGUCUGCCCAGCAUCCUCUACCGCCUCCACUGCCUCCUGACUGCUGAGGAGCUGAGAGCCCAGACAGCCAGUGAAGCUGGAGUGGGAGCUCAAACCCUCCCUCCUGAAUUCAGGUAUCCAAACCUGGACUUCGGCUGGAAGAGAUCAAUUGACAGCAAGACAUUCAUCUCCUGUCCUGAGUCCUGUAAUGAGGAUAGUGAGGAUAAUGAGGGUCACUGCACGCACCAGACUACAACCCCUGACACCAGUAACCUAACACAACUCGGCAGUCACCACUCUUCUGUACCUGAGCAUGGACCUGGUGAUGCCACCUGCACCAGAAAACUCACUAAUGGCACUGCCCCCGUCGCAGACUGUGAAGAAGGCAGCCAUAAAGACGAGCACCUUCACCAACACGAUAAUUGCCAACGCUCCCAGCCCAAGUUACCUGCGCUGCCGAGCCCCCAAUCAAUGCAAACCACUACCUCAAUUCCUGUGCAGCCCUCAGACAGCUUGAAUAAGCCCAGCUCCAGUCCUCCACCGCCUAGUGACACAUGCACACCAGAGAGGACCUCAAUCCACACAAAUAAAGCUACCUCAGUCUGCGGCAAGGCAGCCACAGGUUCCCACGCUCCCACAGCACCUUCUCCUGACCCUGCCCCCCAGCACAGAGCCCAGACAGGGGACUCCUCCAAAAGUCUGGGACCCAACCCAGGCCUCAUCUUGCAGGCCUUGACCCUAUCAAAUGCAAGUGACGGCUUCAAUCUGGAACGGUUGGAGAUGCUUGGCGAUUCCUUUCUUAAGCACGCCAUCACCACAUACCUGUUCUGUACCUACCCUGACGCUCAUGAGGGACGACUCAGCUAUAUGCGCAGCAAGAAGGUGAGCAACUGUAACCUGUAUCGUCUGGGGAAGAAGAAAGGCCUCCCAAGCAGGAUGGUGGUGUCCAUCUUUGAUCCCCCUGUUAACUGGCUGCCUCCUGGUUAUGUGGUCAACCAGGACAAAAGCUCUGACAUACCGGAUUCAUCGGACAAAGAAGAGCUUUUGGCCAAUGGGCAGUCGGACAACGUCUAUGACGAGGAUGAAGAGGAGGCAGAGGAGGUAGACGAGGACAGUGAUGUGAUGCUCAAGGAUGAGCCAAAAGAUGAAGUCAACAUGGAAGACGAUCUGGAAUACUACAAGGAGCACAUUAAAUUCAUCGAUAACAUGUUGUUGGGAUCUGGCGCCUUUGCUAAGAAGAUCUCUUUGAAUGCUUUCCCUCCCUCUCCCACUCCGGCCUCGUGUUCCUCACCCUCCAUGGAGUCUCCAUACGAGUGGAAGGCCCCCAAGAAGCCCCUCCAUCCCACCUCAGCCCACUUCCCCUCAGAGCCAGCAUCCAGUGGGCCAUCAGUGGAGGAGUUUGACUACAGCUCGUGGGAUGCCAUGUGCUACCUGGACCCCAGCAAGGCUGGAGAGGAGGAUGACUUUGUGGUGGGGUUCUGGAAUCCAUCAGAGGAGAACUGUGGAGUUGAGCUCGGCAAGCAGUCGAUCUCCUAUGACCUGCACACAGAGCAGUGCAUUGCAGACAAAAGCAUUGCUGACUGUGUGGAGGCUUUGCUUGGUUGCUACCUGACCAGCUGUGGAGAGAGAGCAGCCCAAAUGUUCCUUUGCUCAUUGGGCCUCAAGGUGUUACCAUUGGAGAAAGGGGCCCUAAUCAGAGCUCUGGUACAGAACUGUCUGACCAUAGCCACUGAUCUUUGCUAUGGCUGGUUAAAGAUUCCACCCCGUUGCAUGCUGGCCCAUCCAGACGCAGAGCGGACUCACAACCACCUAAUUUCUGGCUUCGAGAACUUUGAAAGAAAGAUCAACUACACCUUUCAGAACAAGGCUUACCUUCUGCAAGCCUUCACCCAUGCUUCCUACCAUUACAACACAAUCACAGAUUGUUACCAGCGGCUGGAGUUCCUUGGUGAUGCAAUUCUUGACUACCUCAUAACAAAGCACCUUUAUGAAGACCCACGGCAGCACUCUCCUGGUGUACUGACCGAUCUGCGCUCCGCACUCGUCAACAACACCAUCUUUGCCUCUCUGGCUGUCAAAUAUGACUACCACAAGUACUUCAAGGCCAUCUCACCUGAGCUUUUCCGUGUCAUUGAUGACUUUGUGCAGUUUCAGCUGGAGAAGGAUGAGAUGCAAGGCAUGGACUCUGAGCUGCGGCGCUCUGAGGAAGAUGAGGAGAAGGAGGAGGACAUAGAGGUUCCUAAGGCCAUGGGUGAUAUCUUUGAGUCGCUGGCUGGAGCAGUUUACAUGGACAGCAAGAUGUCACUGGAGACAGUGUGGCAAGUGUACUAUCCAAUGAUGAGGCCACUUAUAGAGAAAUUCUCUGCCAACGUGCCACGCUCUCCUGUGAGAGAGCUGCUCGAGAUGGAACCAGAAACUGCCAAGUUCAGCCCUGCAGAGAGAACCUAUGAUGGGAAGGUGCGGGUAACGGUGGAGGUCGUUGGUAAGGGCAAGUUUAAAGGAGUUGGUCGCAGCUACCGGAUCGCCAAGUCUGCAGCGGCACGCCGAGCUCUGCGCAGCCUCAAAGCCAAUCAACCUCAGGUCCAAAACAACUGAGCUCCUCCUCCAAGCUCUCAGCAUUAGCACCGAAGCUAUUGAUGCUUUAGAAGAAAAAGAAAUGUUGUAGGCUUCCUUACAAGAUGUCAAUGCUAGCUCCUGUAUCUCCGGCCUGCUAUGGCACAACCCAAGACAACUAGGAUUAUGGUUUGAAGAUGCAACGAAAGAAGCAACUGAUCUCACAGUGAAUUUCACAUUGGAUCUUUUUACUCCCCCCACCUCACCUUUCUUCUUUUUCUUUUGCGCAAACACAAUCUUUCCUUUCCCUAUGUGUUUUGUUUAAUCACAUGAGUGCUUUAUUAACAUUUAGCUAAGUGUUUUUUUUUGUUUUGGUUUUUU